UGACAUUUUUGUUGUUGUAGUUCAGCCGUCCGUCGCAGUUGUCAUAUGAUCAAUUUUCAUUUUGGGGCCAGGAAUAAAGAAAAUAAUGUUGAAAUUUCUAGCAAUUUUCGUAUACUGCUUUUUAGCAGUUAAUGCUGACGGUACGUUCUACGUAUUGAACAGUCCCGACUCGCUGACCUUCCAACGCAUUCCUGCUGUUCUUCCAAGUGAACAGGUGUGCGAUGUAAUUAACGCAGCUAAAGGUUUGGAUGUAUCCGAUACAGCCGAUUUUCCUGGUCUCGUAAUCAAUGACCCAUUCGGACUUCCCCAAAAAGCCAUUAUUGUUGAUGUUAUUGGUUUGAACGAUGUUCCAUUAAGUGACGACAAAGUCAGCUAUAAACUCGACGGUAAAUCACUAUGCGCCUCUUUGGAAGAUUUGAAAUUGUUAUCAACUGACAGUCAAUCUAGUUGUGAUAUUAAAAUCUCCAGCUCUGAGCAAAACCUUGUGGACUGCGUUGUAAAAUCGAACAAUGAGUUCGUUUAUGCAAAAAUUGAUGUAUCUGACUUAGUAAAGGAUGACGCAGACAAAAAGAAUGUGAUUUCACUAUUGGUUAACGAACUUGAUACACUACAAAAGAAAGUCGCAAGCGAAACUUCACAGUCACUGUUGGUCGUAGUUGUCGUACAUGAAAAUGAGAAGGAUUCUAGCGUUUCGCGUAAGAGACGAGAUGCUCUUCCAGGAUCAAAAACUAAUACGUACAACCUUGCUGCCUACUACGAUCAAAACUACCCAGUGAUCUUCAACAUUAUUCUUUGGUUCAUGGUUGCAUUGGGACUAUCGCUUUUGGCCGUUUGCUACGCCAUUGCGGAUAUGGAUCCCGGCAGAGACUCGAUUAUCUACAGAAUGACCUCAACAAGAAUGAAGAAAGAUAAUUAAGGUUUUAUUGUUUAUAUUUUGUUUUCUGUGUACAAUUUUUUUGAAAUUUAAGUCCGAAAUCGCAAUGCAUAUGUAUAAUGGAUUGCAUAUAUUAAAAUCAAGUAUUAUAAUAAUGUUCGAAAGUUAAUUUAAAGAUAUUGCGGUUCAAUGUGAAGGCUAUAAUAGCAGCCAAAUAACAUUCUGAAUAAUUAGAAACUUUUUCUUUUUAUGAUAUUUUAUUUCGGCUACCUCUAAGAAAAACUAGUGUGUGUGUGUUGUUUACUUAUUACAAGUUCAUCUGUAAUAACAAAGAGGUAGUGCUUGAAAUUAAUAUUAAAUAAACAUUGUAAAAUGGUGGUUACUAAAUAAAUUAUGAAAGAGAAA